AUGGAGGUGUUGCGCCAUAGUGAGGAGCGUCUAGCUCGCGUGGACACAGUGGCGCGCAAGGUGAUGGAGCUCUACACGAAUCAGAAGGGCAAGCACAAGACGGAGUUCAGCGAUCUGGAGUUGCAGUGCCUGGUGGGCCAGGGGCUAGUGUUUCCGCAGGCCUACGAUGCCCUGACAUGCGUAUGGUGCCGCAAGCAAGAGAAGCUCUUCAGGCUUCAGUCGCUGGCGGCAGUGCUUCAGCACUUUGAGAGCCAGAGUCACGUCAAAUCGCAGGACGACUGCGAAGUCACUCACACGCAUCCCGCCCCGCAAGAGCAGCAGCCGCAGGUGGAGCAGAAGCAGGAGCCGACAGACGAGGAGCCAGUCAACGAGGAGCCGACAGACGAGGAGCCAGUCAACGACCCGGCGAGCUCCGGUCUGGAGUGGUCGAGCGACAAGCAUCUCCCCGCCAGUGAUGAGCUCCUAGAGCUGUCCAAGGAGCAACAGGAAGCAAUUUUGCGUGGAUCGGGCGAUUUGUCGUUCAAUAUGUCUCCGUGGAUUCGAGCUCUCGUUAGCAUUGUGUACGACUUCAACGAGGGGCUGCCGGAGUACUGUGCAGAGCAAGUCCUGGUUCUUUCGAACUGCGUGCCUGCAGAGUUUCAGCAGACCUUGCAGCACCAAACCACCAAGCAUGGCGAAGAGGUGCUGUCAAGCCAGUCCAAGCUGUUGGGGAUUGGCUACUCGUUGCUGCAAUCGGCGCUGGACGCAUGGGCUGUUGCGGCGGGCCACGACAGCAAGUUCUGGGAUGCGUCGGACGUUUUCCUCAUGAUCGCCAAUUGCCAGGCUAUCCAGCGAGAGCAAUCUCUACGCAAGGAUGCGCGCCAUCCGGAAAGCAAGUUUCGGAUCUUGCGCAAGUUGGCUGACGGCAAAGAGGUGUUGGCAUUCCGCGUGAUUCCCACUGCUGCCCGGCAGUUCACCAACCCAACCAUUAACCAGUACUAUAACGGCAACAGUAUAAAGCUGCAUCGAGCGGUGGUGCAGUCGCAGAGCAGUCACAGCCCGCAGCAGCAGCCAGCCAAGAGACCAAAACACGGUGUUCCCGAGGAGCCAUGGUCUUGGCUGCCUGCUUGGCGCUCCGGCUGGCAUUAUGGCUGGCACAGCAAGUGGGAAACCGGGUGGCAAGACGGACAGCACUCCGGGUGGGAGAGCGGGUGGCAAAGUCGCUGA